AUGGAGCGUGUAUUGGCCGAACAAGAAGCGGUGAUGACCUUGAUCAAUCGCACUAUUAUUAACUUCAAGAAGAUCGGCCAAAAGAAUUAUUCAUCCGCCGCAGCACGUAAUCGUCUAACCAUUGUCCGAGAAUACUGGACACGAUGUCAACAACUGAAUGCCGAAAUCAAGGUCGCUUCGACUACACAGGAUCGUCAAACUCUACUCUAUUUUGUGGAUGAUAAAUUUUCCGUUGCGGAACAAGACUAUUAUCAGGCAUCGGAUUUUCUUAAUGAGAUGCUAGAUAAGUUGAACAAAGACAUUAAAACUCCUUCGCUUAUUAAUUCUAACUCUUCUGCAAUUAGUAAUUGUAACGUUAUGUCAAUACCACUGCCUCGAAUAGAAUUAUCAAAAUUUUUGGGUUUAUAUUCGGAAUGGAUUAGCUUUCGCGAUCUCUUCGAGUCUCUGGUCGGAACUAACGAUAACCUCACUAAUGCUCAGUGUUUGCAUUAUUUAAAGACUAGUCUUACUGGUUAUACUCGAUUGGUUAUUAACAAUAUAACAGUUACCGACUCUAAUUAUGCGAUAGCUUGGAACGCGUAA